AUGGCUCCGAGAAUCAGGAGCAUCGGAAGUUACGCAACUCAGGGAAAGUUCUCUGUCGAUUUCUUCGGAGACGAGUUCAUCGUCACCGUAACUUCGGAUCCUUCCGUCAUCGGCCAAUGGAUUCACGACGUCCUCCGCUUCUCCUCUCGCCCUCUCGUCGUUGGAGUCGGCGUGCAAUGGACACCACAUCCUACUUCUCCACCGGCUAGGUAUCACUCUCCGGUUAGUUAUCACUCCGAUUCUUCGCCGGUUACUCAUCACUAUGAUUCUCCGCCGGUUUGUUAUCGCUCAGACUCUCCGCCGGCUCAAUAUUGCUCUGUUUCUCCGCCGGCUCGUUAUAGCUCAGACUCUCCGCCUGCUCAAUACCGCUCCGUUUCUCCGCCUGCUCAAUAUCGCUCCGUUUCUCCACCGGCUCUUUAUCGCUCUGUUUCUCCACCAGCUCGUUAUCGUUCCGUUUCUCCGCCGGUUCGUUAUCGCUCAGACUCUCCGCCGGCUCAAUUUCGCUCUGUUUCUCCGCCGGCUCGUUAUCUCUCUGACUCUCCGCUAGUUCGUUAUCGCUCCGUUUCUCCACCAGCUCGUUAUCUAUCUGUUUCUCCACCAGCUCGUUAUCGCUCCGUUUCUCCACCGGCUCGCUCUGAUCCUCCGGCGAAUACUCUACAGCUAUGCGUUGGUAAUCGAUGUAUCAUCAUUCAGCUUUUUUACUGUAACCGCGUCCCUCAUGUCCUCCGUAGGUUUCUCGGGGAUCGAAAUCACACCUUCGUGGGUUUUUGGAAUAGUCAAGAUGCGGGAAAGCUAAAGAGAUCUAGACAUCGGUUGGAGAUUGCAGAGCUUUUGGAUUUGAGGAAUCACGUUGUAGAUUCGAGAGGAAGGGGCUUAAAGGGUCGUUCGUUUGAGGUGGUUGUUGGAGAAUGUUUGGGUUAUAGAGGAGUAAGGCUAGAGAAGGCGAUAGGCAUGAGCGAUUGGAGCGUUUACGACCUUAGCUACGAUCAAAUUCUUCAGGCGUCAAUAGAUGUUUAUGUUUGUUCCAAGCUUGGUUUUCGAAAUCGUCUAUGGGAAUUUUGAGUAAACGUUUCAAUGGAAUCUAAUGUUGCAAAUCUUGAGUUUUUUUUUUCAAACACAAAUCUUGAAUCUUUAUUUUGUUACAGUUGAGUGA